GCGUUAAAAGGAGGCAGCUGAAUGACAGCGGUUGCUCCCUGCGCCCCCACCCCGCCGAAGGACCGGCCGCUCGCCGCCACCCCCCCUCCCUCCUCACGCUUUCUGCCGGCCAUGGAGGGGAGAGAGGACGCGGAGUGCGGCUGCCAGGCGGCGUUCGCUGAAGCUCAGCGAUGGGUAGAGACAGUUACUGGGAAAAGCUUUGGAACCAAAGACUUUCGAGCAGCUCUAGAGAAUGGAGUCCUGUUAUGCGAUUUGAUUAACAAGAUCAAACCUGGAAUCAUUAAGAAGAUCAAUCGUCUGUCAACUCCAAUAGCUGGUUUGGAUAAUAUAAAUGUUUUUCUGAAAGCGUGUGAAAAUAUUGGACUGAAAGAAGCUCAGCUUUUUCACCCAGGAGAUCUUCAGGAUUUGUCCAAUCGAGUUACAGUCAAACCAGAGGAGACCAACAGAAGAGUGAAAAAUGUUUUAAUUACAUUAUACUGGCUUGGGAGAAAAGCUCAAAGCAACCCGCAUUAUAAUGGUCCAUACCUCAAUCUUAAAGCAUUUGAGAAGUUAUUAGGGCAGGCAUUGACUAAGGCACUUGAAGAGUCCAGCCACCUGAACAGAAGUGGCAGGGAUAGUGGGUACGGUGAUAUUUGGUACGUUGACCGUGGAGAGCCCUUUUCAUCUUCAGCUAGCCAUAAAAGAGACGAUUCCUUCGAUAGCUUGGACUCUCUUGGUUCAAGAUCCUCCACAAGCUUUUCAUCAGAUAUAACCUUGAAAGGUGGCAGUGAAGAUUGCGACAGUGACACAGACUCGGAACUGCCUUUCAAAAUGCAUGACUCCCAUAAAGAUGACAGGUCUUACCGUAGGAUUUCUGUGAUUGAACCGAAACCUACCGCUGACUUCAAUCGUUUCUUACCCAACAAAAACAAGCAGGCGGCUUAUGUGCCGGCGCCCUUAAGGAAGAAGAGGACAGAGAAGAAUGAGGACAAUAGGAGGAGCUGGGCAAGUCCCGUCUUCACCGAGUCAGAUGCAACAUUUUCAAGUGGACGUGAAAGGAAUCUCGUAGCUUCCUGCCAAAAUAACAGAGCAGAGCGUGAGCUCACAAAUCCAGCUUCCCUCCAGAUGGUCUAUGAGUAUGACAGUGGCUCUGAUUCAGAAGACGAAAGAAGGCUACCCGACGUGGUUAUGGAUGACUUAGCAAAACGUAGAUUUCUAGGCAAAAAGAGCCCUGUAAGCUCUGCUGCACCUGGACAUCAUUUCGUGUUGCGCAAUGACUCUCCUAAAUCUUGCUCACAAGAAAGUUAUCCAGCUGGUCCACUAGCUACAAUGCUUGAACCACUGAGUAACCAGAGGAGGCAGAGGCAGUUGGAUACUAAAGAGGAAAACAAACCGAGAGUUAACAUUCCUUCUGAAUUAUCUGGGUAUUUUGAUGAGGACGAGGAAGAAGAAAUAGGCAUCCCAAACAUUGAAAAAGAUGAUCUCUAUUUUCGCAAGCUAAGUUCUUCAGCGGCAAAUACAGUUGUUGCUUUUGACAAAUUUCUUCCUAAGUUUUGGACUCCAGAAGAAGAAUUGCUAUGGAAAAAAAUCAGGAAAUCCUCUUUCAAACCCUGGUAUAAAGAGAUUCAAGGGUUCAGUAGGAAAAAAUCUGAUUCCGAGGAUGAGGAAUUUGCUUACAAACAAAGCUCUGCCAUUGUUGCUCAUCAACCAAGACCAAGUUUUGACUGGAACAGCAGUUGCAGAAGGGAUCAGAACUAUAAGCCAACUGCUGAAUAUGUGGGAAGCUCAUUGUCACAGAUUGCAGAAGGAAAAAUCUUGGAGGCUUCUGAUCAAUCCAGUCAGUUUUCGUUACUUCAGGCCCUGCAAAAAUACUCUGACUACUUGUCUUCUGAAACUAAGACCAAAAUUGAUCCUACUUCUGGCCCUAGGCUCAUAAAAUGUAGAAAGAAUAUUUCCUUUGUACCAGGAUGCAAGCAAGGAGACGCAGAAAAUGGAUAUCUCUAUCCAGAUUUAGAAAACGAUGACUUGUUCGUUCGGAAAACUGGGGCUUUCCAUGUGAAUCAAGUUGUUCUCCAAGACCCCCGGUAUUUAAAAAAAUUCUCUGAGCAGGAGCCUCCUCUAGAGGGUGAGAUAAUUCUGCAACCCAGAGAGGGCCAACCUGUGAUUCCAGAUUUGGAAAAGGAUGACAUGAUUUUCCGUAAAAUCCUCUCUCAGAAAAAAGAGGUGCCUUUAUCGGGUGCUCCAGACAAGUAUCACCCAGCACUCUUUCCUGAUCCGUGGAGUCUUCCGGAGGAGAUCCGGUCCAAAUUUCUAUGUUUACUUGAAAAAAACACAACCCCAGAGGAAAGAAAGAGCAACGGCAGAGUGCUGUCACCAUCUUCCCGCCAUAAGAAGGAUGAUAUGCUGACCCGCAAGAUUGAAUCUUGGAAGGUGGGAAGCAAUGUCCAGCCGGUAAAUUUCAUCCCGGGUCCGUGCAGUGAAGAAGACUGGAAGAAGUGGGAAGCGAUCAGGGAGGCCAGCAAAGUUAGACACAAGAAACGGCAGAUGGUGGAGAGACUGUUUCAAAAGCUUUCUGAUGAGCAAGGGAGCAAAUCUUUGAACGAUGUCAGCGCAGAGGAGCUGCAGUCAUUGCGCAAAAUCCGUUAUGAAGAGCUACAAAGGAUAAAAGAACAGUUACAAGAACAAGAUCUAAAGUGGCAAGAAGAUCUAGCAAAAUGGAAGAAUCGUAGAAAGAGCUUCACUUCGGAAUUGCAAAAGAAAAAGGAAGAGAGAGAAGAAAUAGAAAGGAGAGCAUCUGAGGUGUCUGAAAGGAGUACCAAGUCACUGAAAGAAAUGCAGCAGGAGAGGGAGGACAGAGAUCGAGACUCCUACAGGCAGCAAAAGCAUGAACGCAGGUGGACGUACUCACUGAAUGACGACGUGUUUAGUGAAGAAAAAGCACCUUCCACGCAGUCAGCAGCUAAAGAUUACCUUUUGGAAGAAGAUACCUCCUACAGCAGUAAGGACAGCAAAAGUGCGUAUGCCGCACAACCGCGCAAGGAGAACCUGCCGGAGAGCUCGGCCGCUGGUGAAGCUCCCGCUCCACCAAAGAGCCUGGCAGAGGAGCACAGCUCGGCUCUUUUGUCUACCCGCUACUCGGUGAAUGCUCAAACUGGGUCAGCUCAGGUUUCAGCUCCUCUCCCGAGAAGUUACCAGAAAACUGAUACCUCUAGGUUAACGUCUGUGGUUACACCAAGACCUUUUGGUGUCCACUCAAGAGGAAUCUCGUCACUUCCACGGUCGUUCACGAUGGAUGAUACCCAGAAAUACAACGGAGAAGUAGAAAAAGCUAGAAGAACUCAAACUUUGUUCACUAGCAGUUCGUUUUCACAACCAGACUCUGCACACCCUCUCUCCGCUAGUGCGUUCAGAAGCAGAGGUGAGGAGGAGGAGGAGGAAAAAGAAGGUGUUCAGUCAACACCUCCUCCUAGUUUGACAUUACCUGUAAAAUCCCAAGACCAAGAUGCUGGAAGCAGUAUUGUUAAACCGGAAUAUUGCUCUCCUCCUGAUUCUCUUUCACUUGCAUCUUCUGCAGAAAAUGUGAGUCUGCCAGAGCCUGAGGAUUCAAAAUCCCAGGAACAGUACAGUGAAAUGAGAAUCAGUAUAAACCAGAGACCUGGCCACAGUCGCAGCUUUGGGUUUACAACAAAUUGGAGCUCUUCAGGGGCCUUUGUACAGACAGUUGAAGAAGGUAGCCCUGCAGCACUUUGUCAGCUGCGUGUAGAUGAUGAGAUCAUUGCUGUCAAUGGGACAAAGGUUUCACAUAUGGACUAUAGUCAGUGGGAAGAAGCCAUCAGCAGAGCACUAGAAACUGGAAACCUUCUCAUGGAUGUCAGACGAUAUGGAAAGAACGGUACAUCUGAAAAUAAAUGGAUUGAUGCAACUUCUGGAGAACAUGUUUCAAAUGUUUCCACCAUAUCAACAAAAAGAGAUUUCGCCAGCAGCCUUCAAAGUUCUGAUACAGAAACAAAAUUGAUAAAUGGAAUGCAAGGAGAUCUUGGCUCUAAUGAACAAAGAGCAUCUGAACCUAUUUCUUUGAAAAACUUAAAAAGACGCUCACAAUUUUUUGAACAAGGAGGCCCAGAGCCUGCAAUGCCUGAUCUCCCAGUCCCAUCCAUUAGUGCUCCUAGUCGUCGGGUUUGGGAUCAAGAGGAAGAACGAAAACGACAGGAAAAAUGGCAAAAGGAGCAGGACCGUUUAUUACAGGAGAAAUACAAACGGGAGCAAGAAAAACUGAGGGAAGAAUGGCUACGAGCUAAGCAAGAAGCAGAAAAGGAGAGCUCCAAGUAUUUUGAUGAGGAGCAGAUUGUUCUAACCUUAAACACAGCGUCUGUCAGUGCACGGGCUCCAUCUGUGUCCAGCUGGAGAGCAAGCCCUGAAGUGAAUACUCCGGAGGAGCCAGAAGGAGAUGGAGGAAAUGAGCUGGCGGUGCGCUUGCUGAGUGAGGAAGAAGAAAGGAGGAGGAUCCAGGAGGAACGGAGGAUCCAGGAAGAAGCAGCCUUGCAUUUUGAGCAAGAAAGGGAGCUUGAGAGACGACGUAAAGAGAGGGAGCAGCAAUAUGCAGAGGAGCAGAGGCGGCAGGCAGAGAUGGAGGAGCAGAGGCGGCAGGCAGAGAUGGAGGAGCAGAGGCGGCAGGCAGAGAUGGAGGAGCAGAGGCGGCAGGCAGAGAUGGAGGAGCAGAGGCGGCAGGCUGAAAGGCAGAGGGAGGUGUCAGUGGAGACUCCUCAGUACCAAAGACAUUAUGAACGCUAUGAAGUAUCUAAAACAAUAGAAGAUCGAGCUGGCCAUCCUCUCAUUGACAGGCAUUAUGAGCGUUACGAAGUUUCUAAAACCAUCGAGGAGCAACCUGGUCAGUCAUUUGCUGACAGGAAUAAGUCAAAGUCGACUUCAGAACUGAAUGAAUUCAACACAAUCAGAAAUGGUACCCAGAGCAAGUAUUCGGAGAGGGCCUGGAACGCAGGUGACUCACAGAAGAAAUCUCAGAAGGAGCACAACCUGUCUGCGGCAGAGUUGGAGAGACAGCAAAUCCUUCAGGAAAUGAGGAAGAAAACAUCUCUACACACGGACAGCAGUUGGAUUAGGCAGCGCAGUUCCAGUAUACAUAAGGAGCCUAUUAGUCUGUACAGCAAUAGUAUGAGGAGAGGGGAGUCUUUGGACAAUCUUGAUUCUUCAAGAACGAGCUCGUGGAGGCACCAUUCAUGGCUGAACCAGUCUGCCUCCUCUUCAUCUCUGUCCUCUAGUCAAGAUUUCAGUCGCCCAGUGUCCACUUCAAACCGAGCCUACAUGUGCACUCCUUCCUCCAGCAAAGCACCUCCUGCGGCCACCUCUGUGAGAGCCCCCUCCGUGUCCCAGGCAGCCCCCCAGGAUCAGUCUCCCCUCUCUGCUUCCCAGCCAGGGUCCCAGACACGCAGCAGGUCAGUCAGUGGGAAGAAAAUCUGUUCCUACUGUAAUAACGUUCUGGGCAAAGGAGCAGCCAUGAUCAUUGAGUCUCUUGGUCUUUGUUAUCAUUUACAUUGCUUUAAGUGCGUUGCCUGUGGAUGCGACCUUGGGGGAUCCCGCUCUGGAGCUGAAGUUAGGAUCCGAAACAACAAACUCUUCUGCAACGACUGCUAUAUCAGAUUUAAAAGUACAAGUUCAGGAGGAAUUGAUUUACUUACAGAUCUUAAUUAAAAGCUGGACAACCAACCUCCAUGUGAAGCAAAUGAAGAUAUGAAACCACUGUUGCAGAUAAAAGAAGAGGUGAUUGCUGCUGAUGUAGAUCUAUAAAUAUAUGUAUUGUGUGUAUGUGUGUGUUUUUCUAAGAGUAACUCUUGCUUGUCUAGUCUUCAUAGCAAUGCAUUGUAUUCUUCAUAUAACUAUUUUUAUUUAUAAGAAAGUAAUUGCAGUAAGGAAAUACCUGGGGAAAAUGCUUUCACUUUUUCAGCUUCCAAGUACUGAGAGCACAAGGGAGAAUAAGUAUAUUUUCAGUAAUAACUUCAAAAUAUUUUUGAGGCUUAUAAUCAACUAAUUGACUUUCCAAUGGUAUAUAAAGAGGGUAUUUUGUUUCUAAGCUCUUGAAAUGAGCAUUAGAGAAAUAGUUAAUAUAAAUAUAUAUUUGCAAUUGCUGUCUUUAUUUUUGACAUAUACUGAAAGUGAAUUCUCUAGAUUAAUAUAAAGCUGCAUUUAAGUGCACACAAAUGUGUUUGCUUUCCAUAUGCUGGUUUCUAAAAUUAUGUGCUUUUUUUGAAACUUAAAUACAAAGAAGAAUCCAUUUGCUCAGUGGUGUUGGCAUAAUAUUCUGUGGAAUCCAUUUAAGGGGAAGAGUUCUCUUCUCCCAUUUGGAAAAUGUAACUAUCACUUUUCAGUCCGCAAACUGAGUGGAGAAUGGUUGUUGAAUUACAGUAUAUUUGUAAAUAAAAUUUCUGAUGUUGCAUUUA